UGAAACUCUUACCCUCCUAAACAACAUGCAAUGCCAAAACCAACCUUCCCCCAAUUCAUCCAAAGCUUCUUCCAACUCUUGUUCACUUUGUUAAUUCAAUAGCCUUGACGUGAACCCUUCUCCUCCCAAAAUAUAAACACCCCCAAUUCUUCACUACACUCACUCCCAAUUUUCCUUGCUACACUUUCUCUCCAAUGGGACCUCUCACUUACCUCUUCCCACUCUUCCUCCUCUUUUGCUCAACACACUCACGAACCACACCACAACCCCCCAAAACGACAGUCCUCGACGUCGUUUCCUCCCUUCGAAACGCGCACAAUGUCGUCGGCUUCCCUCAAAAACGACAACAAGAACCGUCGCUACUAUCGUCGUUCGCUAUUCACUUACACUCCCGCGCCUCAAUCCAAAAACCCUCCCACCGCGACUACGAAUCGUUAACACUCACGCGACUCGCGCGCGACUCAGCCCGAGUCAAAGCCCUGCAAACUCGCCUGGAUCUCGCGCUGAACCGCGUCUCCAACUUGGACCUCCACCCGGCCGAGUCGGCCUCCGAGUUGGAGUUCGAGUCCAACGCGCUGCAAGGCCCAAUCGUGUCGGGAACGAGUCAGGGAAGCGGCGAGUACUUCCUCCGAGUCGGAAUCGGAAAACCAGUGAGUCAGGCCUACGUGGUGCUCGACACGGGAAGCGACGUGAGUUGGAUCCAAUGCGCGCCAUGCUCCGAAUGCUACCAACAAUCCGACCCGAUUUUCGACCCGGUUUCGUCGUCCUCCUACGCGCCGAUCCACUGCGACGCGCCGCAGUGCAAGUCCCUGGACCUCUCCGAGUGCCGCAACGGAACUUGCCUCUACGAGGUCUCCUACGGCGACGGAUCCUACACCGUCGGCGAGUUCGCCACCGAGACGGUGACUCUCGGCGGCGCCUCCGUCAGCAACGUCGCCAUCGGCUGCGGCCACAACAACGAAGGACUAUUCGUCGGCGCCGCCGGCCUGCUCGGCCUCGGCGGCGGAGCGCUCUCGUUUCCGGCGCAGGUUAACGCGACGUCGUUUUCGUACUGCCUCGUCGACCGCGACUCCGACGCCGUCUCAACGCUCGAUUUCGACUCGCCGUUGCCGCGCAACGCCGUCACGGCGCCGUUACUGCGGAACCCCGAGCUUGACACGUUCUACUAUCUCGGACUGAAGGGGAUCAGCGUGGGCGGCGAGGCUCUCCCAAUUCCCGACGCGAGCUUCGAGGUCGACGCCAGCGGCGGCGGCGGCAUCAUCGUGGACUCCGGCACGGCGGUGACGAGGCUGCGGAGCGAGGUGUACGACGCGCUGAGAGACGCGUUUGUGAGAGGGACGAAGGCGUUGCCGAAGGCGAACGGCGUGUCGUUGUUCGACACGUGCUACGACUUGUCGUCGAGGAACAGUGUGGAGGUUCCGACGGUGUCGUUUAGGUUCCCCGAGGGGAGGGAGUUACCGUUACCAGCGACGAAUUACCUGAUACCGGUUGACUCGGUGGGGACCUUUUGUUUGGCGUUCGCGCCCACGACGUCGUCUUUGUCAAUCAUUGGUAACGUGCAGCAGCAGGGGACACGUGUCGGUUUCGAUAUCGCUAACUCGCUCGUUGGAUUCGCUGCCAAUAGCUGCUAGUAAAACUGGGUGGUAGACGUAGAACAGGAGAAUCUCGUGCUCACUUUUAUUUUAUUUUUUAAAAUUUAAUAUUUGUUGUUUUUCUUUUAAUUACAAUUUGUAACGGUGGGUUGAGGGUAAUUUUUUGGUUUUUGAAUUGUUUGUGGUGUGGGCCCAUUCAGAUAAGGUGCAAUGUAAGUUGGGCCAGCUGAAUGGUGGUAAUGUGCAGUGUGAGGAAGUGGUGCUUAUUAUCAAGGGUUACCAAUUUUAGACAAAGAACAUGUGACUAUAUAUGGUGGUAAAUGGAGUGCUAUUAAUGUGAGAAUGGAAGAUAGUAUAGUAAUGAUAGAUAUACACAUAGGGUCCACCCAAUUCACGGAUUUCCCGUUUUUAGGACCGGUUGAAGCUGCUUCAUUAAUCACAAAUAUGGUAAAAAAAAUUAUUUUGCUGCUUACAACUUGCUAUGAAAGAAAGUGGUGAUUUGCAGUUUGCACACAUAAAUGGAUUUUAUUUCAUAUGAAUCCUCUAAACAGAUAGAUGUUUUUAUGCCUAAAACCAUUGUUUAAGGACAAGUUCCAAAGUUAACUCUUUUUAAGGA